AUGAACUGUGGCGGCUCUGGUGGUCGUACAGGUCGUACAGGUGCUGGCGGUGAGGAUUCAACCCGUGGUCGCAGUCGGGGACGUGGAGGUCGCAGUAGUGGUCGCGGUGGGAGCGGCGGCGGCGCUUCGCCGAAGCCUGUCGCGAAAGGGGCCGCUUCGCCGAAGCCUGUCGCGAAAGGGACCAAGUCAACCAAGUCUCGUGGGCUCAUCAUUGCCGCACCUCACAUCGAUAAGUUCUUUGCGCCAAUCAUGGAACGGAAAACCCAUGAGGUGCGAAACUUCUACUGUAGAAUCGUUGCCAAAGGUGAACACAUCUACUUGGUACAGAGUGGCCUGAAAGAUGUCAACGGGAAGGGCAUGUUCUGUGUGCGUGGCAAGGCCGAAUUCCGUGGUAACAGCUUUGUGCAGCACGAGGAUUUCAGCAAGCACUACAACAAACACAGAUGCAGCGGUGCCGAGUACUCGUCCGUGCGUUCCUCGUGGGCCGACAAGGGCGGGUGCGUCCUUUGGGAGUUAAAGCUUGUGGAGGUUUUCGACGAGAUUUGGACUUUGUUCGACAUGAGCACGGCAUCCACAGACCCGCUCAUGAUUGGACCAUCGGUGUCCGUGCCGCAGCCAGAGGCAACGGUCGGCAUCAAUGACACUUCGAGCGUUUCCGCCGCCUCCGCGCCCGCCAGCUCGCUUGUGUCUGUUGGGUCUGUUGGGAUUGGGACUGCUGAGUCCACUAACCGGCAGAGCCCGGCCGAAAUCCAGAGGGCUCUGGAUGAACACUGCCCGCGAAAGGCAGCGCGGGCCAAUACACAACGUGAUUCCCGCUACCCGUGCCACCCGGACAACGAUCUACUGUACGGGGAUGAGGACAGCGACUCGCUUGCUUCCGCACUAUCGGACAUCAUUGCGGAAGAAUACCCCUUGCAGGUGGAACGUGCGACACAACCGAGCGCCUCCCUUGCAAUGGACGCCGCCGCUGCACUAGAGACACACCGCGUAAAGACGACGACCCUUCGCGAGGACGACCGUGCUCCAGCUGCUGAACCAGUGACAACUUCGACGACGACGACAACACCACCGAUGUCAGCAGCAGUGAAUUCAGUGAAUUCCGUGAAUGUCCAAGCCAAUGAUGCGGAUGUGUCAGAAGGUGGCGGUGUUGGCGGUCAUGAUCCCGCUGUAGUUGAUGCUGAUGUGACGCUGCUGCUGAGCACGCAAGCGGACGGUGCGACCCUCAUAGCAACUGCACCAACGUUACCACACGAUGAAGUUGCUGAGACGCUGAGAGUGUCGACGCCAGCAGGACCCCCCCCAGAAACUCGAAAGGAUGCUGAGAUGCCCCCUGAGCCAGCAGAUAUUGAUGUUGAUGAGACGAUCCGUGUGCAUUCGGCUGUUGAGAUGCCAUCAGCAGCAACGUCAACUCCGUCAAACACUGCUGAGACCACUGUUGAGACGCUGAGCAUGCGUUCCGAACAGGACGGGCCGGGCGGGGACAUUCCGAUGCCGACGCCAGCAGCCGAAGUGCGCAGGGAGCAGCACAAUGCUGAGAUGCCAACAUCACCCGUAGCCCCAACAUUGUCGCAACAGCUGGAUGAUGAUGAUACAAUGAGAACGCAUGACAACCCAGGCGGGGAUGUUCCCAUGCCCACGCCAGCAGUGCCGGCAGUGCCACCGCCAGAAGUGCAAAAUGAUGUGGGUGUGUCAGCAGCAGCACCAACGUUGCCGCAACAUGAGCCAUUAGACGUUGAUGAGAUGCUGAGAAUGCGUCCAAUGCAUCCCCACCACAACACGGAGAUUCCGAGGUCAUCAGAGCCCCAAUCAGAUGAUGUUGAUGUUGAUGUCGGGGUCAACCCGCCGGGAUCCAUGCCUGUCACAGCCGCAACUGUGCCAACGCCAGCGGAGACCACAUCAAAGAUGUCUGAGGCUGUGCCAGAGGUCAUGCAGAGCGAGAAUAAGUUACAUUCCAGCUGUCCCGGCUGUCCCAUGCCGGCUCGAAAGAAGAUGCCUUCUACCUCAGCCUCCGCCUCAGAUGCGAGAACUGUGACGGUGACGAAUCUGAAGGAAUACUUUGACUUCUUUCAGAAUGCAGUUGACGCAGUCCUGGCAGAUGGGACAAUCAGUCCCGGGCUGUUGAGGGACGGGCUUGACAAACUGUCCAUCAGCACGGCAUACUCCGGCAUCGGUGGGCCGGAAGCCACAUUGUUCACAUUGCGGGAUUGCUUUGCUCGGCAAGGGCAUGGUGUUCGCCUGCAAUCGACGGGCCCGGAGAUCAUGUUUCAGAUGGAGAUUGACCCAGUGUGCCGACGCGAGCUGCUGAAGUACGAGUCUCUGGGAGGUCACAGUCACGGCGGUCACGGUUGUUGCCUCUUUGGCAACCUCGAGGAGUUCUUCCGCCCUGAGUUGGAAGACGUGGUCGCCCAGCUUCGUGAGCGACCGGAGCUAGCACUGGAGGUUCUCUCCAAGGCUGUGGCGGAAUGUGAGGAUGUGAGUAGGCGGAUGGCCCGUGUUCACAUUGCUGGUACCAGUUGUGUUUCCUGGUCGGCCCAGGGUAAACAAUUGGGCGUCCGUGAUGCAACCGUGUUGCCUUUCCUGGUGUGGAUCUGUCACAGACUGCUCUUGCAGGAACCUGUGAUCAUUCACGAGAACAGCCCAAGGUUUCCUCGGUCACUGUUAGAAAGGUUCCUCGGCCACCUUUACGUGAUCGACGAUUGCAUCAUUGAAAGCUCCGAGUACGGCUCGCCGGCACGCAGGGAGCGGAAGCUUACCCGGCUUUACCACCGCGUCAAGACGUUCCAACCCGACGUUCCCUUCUCGACUUUCAACCGAGCCUUUCAUCGGUCCUGCACCAUGACCUGGCGCGAAUUCUAUUGGCGACAUCUUCUGACCUCCCACGCUGAGUUGCACGAAGACCUUGCCUGGGCAAGCGGUCGGCCUACCGUGCGUGCUGGGGCAGUGGUGGAGGCAGAAGACUCGCUGGACAACGAGUUCGAGAAGGCCCUGAACCCGACGGAGACCAAGUCCUUGAGGGCUUAUCGUGCCAAGUCUCCCACCAUGGCGUAUUCAUUGUCGCAGAAUGGCGCCACUACCUUCGCUAUGACGAGCAGUGCACAGCAUCUGCAGACGAUGAUACGCCAUAGCGGGUUGACAUGGUGCGACGGACCCUUGGCGACCGGGGCAGGCACCGAGGUCUUAGUGACGCAGGCGUGGCCCGUACAUCCCAUUGUGAAUGCCGGAAUGAAGGUCACACCGUUCCACGUCGACAGCCCCGAUCCUCGCAUGUCCCGUGUUCUCCGAGCACAAGCUGGCAAUUCCAUGAACCUCUUCAUGCUGACGGUCCAGUUUCUCCACACACUUUGUCACGUCGAGGUCCCUGAGCAGUUCCUUUAG